AUGCCCGGCAUGCAGUUUCCUUACCCACGCAAAACCUCCUCACCAACCUCACCAUACGCGCCCUCCCGCUCCGCCUAUCCACGGCGACGACGAAGUCUACGCGCUCUUCUUCCAUACAUUCUCGGUGGGGUAGCACUAAUAUGGCUCCUCAUCUACCUCUUCUCCGACUCAAGCAGUAGCACAUCCGGCGCACGACCACCACCAGGAACGCCAGAGGUGGUCAUAGUAACGACCCUCGACCCACAUCUAAGUGCAAGCUACAGGAACAACAUUAUUGAAAACCGAAAAGACUACGCCGCGAGACACGGCUACACGACUUUCUUCCCUAACACCACCGAUUACGAUCUCAUGCCCAAUACGCCUCUCUCGUGGUCCACGAUCCCAGCAAUACGACAUGCCAUGACUCUGCAUCCCCACACGCCAUGGCUGUGGUAUCUGACGAGUACAGCCUUGAUCAUGAAUCCAACCCAAGGCCUCUACCAAAAAGUCCUCGACCCGCGGAAAAUAGAAGAGCUAAUGAUCACCGACCAACCUGUCGUCCCACCCGACAGCGUCAUCCGAACCUUCUCCCACGUGCGGGGCGAGCGCGUAGAUUUCAUCCUCUCGCAAGAUCACGAAGGGUUAGCUGGAGGAUCUAUCAUGGUGCGAAGCGGAGAGUGGGCGAAAUACUUCUUGGACGCGUGGUUCGAUCCGUUGUAUAGAAGUUAUAAUUUCCAGAAAGCGGAGGGGCAUGCGCUGGAGCAUAUUGUGCAGUGGCAUGGUACUAUACUGGCGAAGUUGGCGUUGGUUAAGCAGAGGGUCGUCAAUAGUUACACAAGGGAGGUUGGAGGCGGGAAGGGUGAUGGCAUCUACCAAGAAGGCGACUUCAUCGCCAACUUCCACGGUUGUCAACGCGAUACGGCUCGGAAUUGCGAAGAGGAGAUGGGUCCACUGAUGUCGAGGUGGCGGGAGCUGAGGGAUCAGGAGAGGCGGAGGUAG